AAUUGGUUUGAUUUAAAAAAUAAGCAUUUAUUUGAAUAAGUGGAAUUAUUUACUUAUCCCGUUGAAUGAAGAAUGACGUUUGUGAAUGCAGAAAGACAACAUUGAAUGGCAGGGACCAUUUCUCUUUGGCUACCAUUUCUCCCUGAAAAGCCGGAAUUACACACAAACGUAUGAACUACGUUAGUGUUGAAUGUUUCCAUGCAAAGUAUUGAAGCGCGAAAUAUGUCAGUGAAGCACAAUUUGUACUGACAGAAUUGAGCAGAAUGAUAUACUUUAAUUAUGUAUGAGCAAGAUUGGUGUAUUGAAUUACUGGUUGCAUGUAAAUGAUGUAAUGAACAAAGGUGUAUAUAAAUAUGUUGUACCAAGUAUAAAAGUCAAAGGAAAUACUUGAGCUAUUAGCAUGGAGAAGAGAGCCAGCGCUGAACUUCUAAAUAUAGAGCAAAAUAAUUCUAAAAAUGCAAGUUCUGACUCCCUUAAUUCUGACAGCAAGAGCAGUUCCCUUAAUUCCAAGAUGGGUCAAGAAUCGGAAAGCUGGGAUAAAGCUUCGCGUUCAAAAAGUUUUUCCUCCAGCUCUACUUCUACAGAUAAUAAUAUUGUGUCUGCUUUAGAAACUAGAAAAGACAAUCAAGUAAAAAACUUAUCUGGUGGAGAGACAGGUCCACCACUGUUGAAUGGUGAACGUGUCCAAGGUAUUGCACAGGAAGUAACAUAUGUAUGUCCUUAUUCUGGACUUGUCAGAGGAAUUCUUAGUGUUACAAAUUAUAAACUUCAUUUUCGGAGUGUGGAUCGCGAAACACCUUACAUAGUCGAAGUACCUUUAGGUGUAGUUAGCAGAAUAGAAAAAGUUGGCGGUGCAUCGAGCAAACGAGAAAAUUCUUACGGAAUCGAAGUGUUUUGUAAAGAUAUGCGCAAUCUCAGAUUUGCUCAUAAACAGGAAAAUCAUUCCAGAAGAGACGUUUUCGAGAAACUGCAACAAUAUUCGUUUCCUUUAUCUCAUAAGUUACCUCUUUUCGCGUUCGAAUAUUCCGAAACGUUUCCUGAAAAUGGAUGGAACGUUUACGAACCCAUAGCCGAAUUAAAGCGAAUGGGUGUAAACAAUGAUAUGUGGAAGAUAUCAAAAAUCAACGACACUUAUUCUAUAUGCGAUAGUUAUCCAGCUGUGUGGGCAGUGCCAGCCGCAGCGACGGACGAAGACUUACAAGCAUCAGCAGCUUUUCGAAGCAGAGGAAGACUUCCAGUUCUUUCGUGGAUUCAUCCAGAGAGUCAAGCGACGAUAACUCGUUGCGCUCAACCACUGGUAGGGGUUGGUGGCAAGCGUAGUCGCGAAGACGAAAGAUACGUGCAGCUUAUUAUGGACGCUAAUGCACAAAGUCACAAAUUGUUCAUUAUGGAUGCUCGACCAAUGGCCAACGCGAUAGCGAACAAAGCCAAGGGCGGUGGCUAUGAAAGCGAGGACACUUAUCAGAACGCGGAGCUAGUAUUUCUUGAUAUUCACAAUAUACACGUAAUGAGGGAAAGUCUCAGGAAAUUAAAGGAAUUAUGCUUUCCAACGAUCGACGAAACCAGAUGGCUAUCAGGGAUAGAGUCUACCGUCUGGUUGAAACAUAUUAAAUACGUACUUGCAGGAGCGGUACGAAUCGUAGAUAAAGUUGACAACCAUAAAACUUCGGUGCUAGUGCACUGUUCGGAUGGUUGGGAUAGAACAGCACAGCUCACAGCACUUGCCAUGUUGAUGUUAGAUCCCUAUUACAGAACAAUCAAGGGUUUUGAAGUACUCAUAGAAAAAGAAUGGCUUAGUUUUGGUCACAAAUUUCAACAGAGAAUUGGACAUGGCGACGAACAUCACAGUGAUGCGGAUAGGUCGCCAGUAUUUUUACAGUUCAUGGACUGUGUGUGGCAGAUAAGUCGUCAAUUUCCAGACGCGUUCGAAUUUAACGAACAUUUCUUAAUCACUAUUCUUGACCACCUGUACUCUUGCAGAUUUGGUACAUUCUUAUUCAGCAGCGAACGCGAAAGAGUUCAAGAACAAGUGAAACAAAAAACUGUCUCCCUUUGGUCAUAUACAAAUAGCCAGUUAUCACUUUAUCAGAAUCCCUUAUAUUGGGGCGCUGCAAAUUACCAACCUGUUUUAAUCCCGAUCGCCAGCAUGAGAUAUAUCAAACCGUGGAAGAGUCUGUAUUGCAGAUGGAAUCCCAGUAUGCGACAGCAGGAUCCCGUUUAUCAACGCAUAAGAGAACUUCUAGUCUUAAAGGAGCAACUGGAGAAACAGCUCGAGGAAGGGCGUCGCGAACAAGCCAGUCGAGUAAAUAGAUCUGUGACCUCACCAGCACCUCCUAGGAUACAUUCGCCGAUUCAUUCAUAGCACAGCAAGGAUUCUUUCUCGUCUUUUAAUGAUCUGUAAUUAUUUGUAAAUGAUUAUCCUUUUCUCGCUCGAGUCAGCGUAUCAUUUAUACCUAAAUUUACUUCGCCAUGUACAGAACGUUCGUCGAUAAAGAGAAAAAGAAACAUGUUUACAAAUU